CAAUAGCAUGCAUUCAGUUGGACCCCGUGUCGGGGUUGGCGUUUUUGUCAUUCGACGCAGCGAUGGGCACAUACUGGUUGGGAAGCGGAAAGGAAGUCACGGUGAAGGAACCUAUCAGCUUCCGGGAGGUCACCUUGAAUUUAAUGAGUCCUUUGAAAGCUGCGCGCUCCGUGAAGUGCUCGAAGAAACCGGACUUGCCAUCAAUAACAUAACAUUCGGGACAGCAACGAACGAUCCCAUGCCAAAGGAUGGCAAGCAUUACGUGACAAUCUUCAUGAUUGGCGAGUGUGUAGAUGACGUUCCAUCACCAAAGCUGCUUGAGCCGGAAAAGUGCGAGUUUUGGACGUUCAUGCCUUUUGAAGAGUUGGUGACGAUGAGGCCCCUCUUUCAACCUCUUAUCAGCUUAAUUCAGACGAGGUCGCGGUUUCAUCCGUUGAAACAGAGCCUCGAAAUAAGACUUGCAUAGUGUUUAUUCUUUUAUUGUUUACAGGACACUGUCAGACUUCAAUUACUGUCUUUAAACCAUUCUACAACUUUGUACAAGUAACUUAAAAGGGGUAUACUACUGUUCCGAUUAGACCUCCUGUUGGCUUUUGGCUAGAUGCAUACGGUUUGACUGCUCUCGUUACGAAAAGCAACUGGUGAAAUCUCGCGCGUGGUCGUCUCCUUGUCCACAUCAAUCGCUUCUGGAUCCAUCCGCAACGUUCCGACUGUCCCUUCUCCCUCCGAGAGAUUGCCCAUGUAGUCGUCCGUAAAUCGUAAAAUGUAAACAAAGAACCGAUACCGUAAAGCCGUGCAAACAUAGUGGUACAUGUAUUCUUCAUCAAUGCCAACAAACAGGAGAACGACCGAGGCAAUUUGAAUUAACCCGAUGCAGACCAUGUUGAGAAUAACGAGUAUGUCUUUUCGGUCUGUCAAGCCUAGUCCCAAGGCAUGCUUCGCCUUUCGUAGCCCGUGGAUGAACAAAUAGUCGCUGGAGACGCAGAAAACAAGGUCGAUAAUAAUUCCGACCACGUACAUGAUAUUCGCUGGGUCUGUUUGAAAGUAGCCAGGGUGGGCAAGAUACGAGACAAACAAGGCGAUGGUCGAAAUGAUCACCCAGCUGAUGACGAGAACUGCACCAGUACCAUACGCCUUUCUCAUCCGUGAACAACUUGUGACCAUAACGCAACAUGUUCUCGUAUAAAUAUUGAAGAUCAGAAGACUUCGGGCCAGGACAUCGAAUACCAGGCUCAAUUCAGCAAAGACUGUGUGGAUAGUGCCUUCAUAACUGAAGCUGACGGCGUAG